CCUAGUUGCAGUAUGCGGGGAAAUCCUUCGUCUGUUUACUUAACCAGCGCAUUCCCCUCCCGCAGGGGUGGAAUGACAGGCCGACAAACACAAGUCAGUCUGACGCCGUCAUUAUGAAGUCCGCCGCUCUGUUGCUGCUCCUGGCUGGCCUCACACAGGCCAUCGAAGUGCCGCGAAAACCGUACGCGCCCACUGGCGGCGGCAAUAAGCGAUUGACUUUCAAUGAGACCGUGGUGAGCCGAGCAAUUGCUCCCUCAUCCAUCUCAGUGGAAUGGAUCGCGACCGCCCAGGAUGGGGAGUACGUCUAUCAGGACUCCGACGGCAGCCUCAAGAUUGAGAGCAUUGUCACCAACAAAACCACGACUCUCGUUCCGGCCGACAAGGUGCCUGCCGAUGCGUAUACCUACUGGAUCAAGCCCGACUUGUCGUCGGUGCUAUGGGCCACCAAUUAUACCAAGCAGUACAGGCACUCGUUCUUUGCAAACUACUUCAUCCAGGAUGUUGAGUCUUUGGAAUCGAGCGCCUUGGUUUCUGAUCAGGUGGGGGAUAUCCAGUACGCGCAGUGGAGUCCGGUCGGAAAUUCCAUUGCCUUCGUUCGUGACAACAACUUGUUCACUUGGAUCAAUGGCACGACCACAGCAAUCACUGAGGAUGGGGGACCGGACCUGUUCCAUGGUGUCCCCGACUGGAUCUAUGAAGAGGAAAUCCUGGGAGACCGAUUCUCCUUGUGGUUCUCACCGGAUGGAGAGUACCUUGCCUUUCUGAGUUUCAAUGAAACCGGCGUACCGACCUUCACAGUACCAUAUUAUAUGGACAAUCAAGAGAUCGCUCCGCCGUAUCCUCGAGAGCUGGACAUCCGCUAUCCCAAGGUGUCACAAACCAACCCGGCUGUCCAGCUCAGCCUCCUGGAGUUGGGCUCCAAAGACUCGUCUGUUGUGCCAAUUGACGCAUUUGAUCCUAGUGAGUUGAUUAUUGGCGAAGUGGCCUGGCUCACCGACUCGCACGACAAGUUGGCCGUGAAAGCCUUCAACCGUGUCCAGGAUGAGCAGAAGGUAGUCGCUGUGGAUGUUGCCACGAGCCGAACCUCGGUGAUCAACGAGCGAGAUGGCACGGAUGGUUGGCUAGAUAAUCUCCUGUCCAUCACAUAUCUCGGCCCCAUCAACUCGAGAAAUUCGUCGUCGUCAUACUAUAUCGACAUUUCCGAUAAGUCGGGUUGGGCGCAUCUGUGGCUCUUCCCCCUCUCGGGUGGCGAGCCCAUUGCCUUGACCAAGGGAGAAUGGGAGGUUACAUCAAUUCUCAGUAUUGACAAGAAGCGGCAGCUGGUCUACUACUUGUCGACUCAGCACCACAGUACGGAGCGUCAUCUGUACUCGGUCUCUUACCGGACCUUCAAAAUCACCCCACUAGUUGAUGACACCGUCCCUGCGUACUGGGGCGCGUCUUUCUCGUCCAAGUCAGGCUAUUAUAUUCUGUCGUAUUCGGGCCCCGAUGUGCCAUACCAAGAGCUCUACUCCACCAACCAGACCAAACCCCUGCGUACCAUCACUAGCAAUUCGGCUGUGAUUGAUUUGAUCAAGGAUUAUGCACUGCCCAACAUUAGCUACUUCGAGCUGGAGAUCACCUCGGGGGAGAAGCUCAACGUCAUGCAGCGUCUACCGGUCAACUUCUCUCCCAAUAAGAAAUAUCCUAUCCUUUUCACCCCAUAUGGCGGACCCGGAGCGCAGGAAGUGUCUAAAGCAUGGCAAUCCGUUGGCUUCAACGCAUAUAUCGCCUCCGACCCGGAGCUCGAAUACGUGACCUGGACUGUUGACAACCGUGGAACUGGAUACAAAGGUCGCAAGUUCCGGUCUAGCGUCACCCGCCAAUUGGGUCUUCUUGAAGCCGAAGACCAGGUCUAUGCCGCUAGAGAGGCAGCCAAGCUUCCCUUUAUUGAUGGAGACCACGUCGGCAUCUGGGGAUGGAGCUACGGCGGGUACCUUUCCAGUAAAGUCCUCGAGACCAACAGCGGCGCGUUUUCUCUCGGUCUCAUCACGGCUCCGGUGUCCGAUUGGCGUUUCUACGACUCCAUGUACACCGAGCGGUACAUGAAGACGCUCGCCACCAAUGCGGGCGGAUACAACACCAGCGCCGUCCACAAUGCUGAUGGGUUCAAGAGUGUUAGCGGAGGAUUCCUCAUUCAGCACGGUACGGGAGAUGACAACGUGCAUUUCCAAAACGCUGCCGCGUUACUGGACCUUCUGGUUGGUGAGGGCGUGACGCCUGAUAAAUUGCAGGCGCAAUGGUUCACCGACUCCGACCAUGGUAUCCGGUACCAUGGGGGUAGUUUGUUCUUGUAUCGGCAGUUGUCGAAGAAGCUGUUCGAGGAGAAGAACCGGCCUGGAAAGGCGUUGACCCACCAGUGGAGCAAGAAAAGUGUGUAAAUAAAUCAUGUAGUAUUCAUAGCCCAUUCAAUUGCAGAUGAGGUCCAUUGUUCGU